AUGCAAUUGCGCGACGAGGGUCUGCACAUUGACAUGUGCGUUAUGGGUGGGUUGGUUUUCAAUCAGGAUGGCGUUGUACUGCAUGAAGGCCAGGCCUUGUUCGAAGUACAAUGGGCUCUGCUACAGGACAUCAAGAUCUUGGCAAACACGACGCCAGUCAUCGCAGUUGUGCAUGCAUGUCAGGUGGUGGAUGAAGUCUCCAUGGGGAUGGAGAAAACCAGCCCGAAUAAGCCUGGGGAGGUCCAAUGCGAUCUGAUCAUAACACCAGAUAGGACGUUUGAGAUCGAAGCGGCAGUGAAAUCAGCAUCUGGCAUCGACUUCGACAAUGUAGAUGCUGAGGCACUGAACAACAUCCAGCCAUUACAAGAGUUGAGGGGCAUACGCAGUAUGGAGCAGAUCAUGGCAAAGGGAGGGUUCCGUCAAGAAAAUAGGAAAGACGAAGAAAAGCCAAAGGCACCUACGGCCGAAGAACAGAUGGGUAUUGAUAUCAUCGAAAAGCUGAUGAAAGGCUACAAAGCCUAACUUGCAAGCUUGAUAUUAUUGUAGUCGACUAGUAAUUACCGAUAAAGGACGCCCGUUGGGAAUCAUGAGCUCAUAUGAAAGAAAACGCCAACGCAAUGCCAAAAGAAUCGAACCGAGAGCAACGCCCAUCACGCACUCCCACUUCCCGUCCCACAAGUCAAUCCGGUGACAGUCACGACACCACCCUUGGAGUCCAGCAUGACCAUUCCAUCUCCCUUCCUCGCUUCGAUUCCUUUGCUCGAAUAUCCGAUGUUUACCCUGCAAAAGACUUCGCCUUCUACCUCGGCGUCCACGACUUCGAAGCCCUGUAGCAGCAAAGGAUUUUGCGCAAGUGAUGACAGAGCUAUGCCAAUGGGCAGUGUGAUGAUAUGUCCAUUGACUGAGGGACUUUGGUUGGAUGAUGUAUAGUGUGUGUUGUCCGGACCGAUGGUGCGGAUGCGGACAGUAGGGAGGUGCGCAUAUGCCGGAGUUGGAGAGCAGAGGCUGAGACCGAGAAGAGUGGAGAUGGUGAAUUGAAGUUUCAUGGCGAUUAUGAUGUUUGGUCUUGGUAAUGCUCCAAAUGUCAACUACUGAUGUUGUCCAAGUCGAAUUUUCUCAGUGCUUUGGUGAUGCUGUGC